AUGCAUGAGAACAUGGACAUUGAGACUGGUAGAUACCUGCAGAGAAGAGACAGCCGCGUUCCAAAGUCUCGCUUGCCUAACCAAGUCACCAUUUGUUAUCUCACUUUUCCUUCGACGCGCGCCGUCACACACACCAUGAUCGACUACGGCUGCGGUGAUUCUGGCUAUGCCGCAGGUACCUUGGGAAAGUCCAUGGUCGUCCAGCCUGAACCACUACAGUUAACAGGAUCGCGCACCAGGCGUUUUGCCAAGUGUAUGAGGGCACUGAGUCUGGAACCCUUCGUCCAUCCCUCACAACUGCGCAACAGCCUGGGUCCAUCCUCAGCUCAGGAACCUCCACAAGUCGUGUUUAGUCCCCACCAAUUCCAAGCAAGAAGAGCCCCGGAAUAG